AUGGAAGGAGGUAAGAAAAGUGGGAAAUCAAAGAUGGCUGUUGAAGAAUCAAGUCAGAUGGAUCGGGGGAGAGAUGAAAGCAAAGGAUCUGAUUCAAAGCAUCAUUGGAAGCCUGUUUUUAGUGAAGCUUCCAUGUCCAAAAGGCCCCUCAAGAAAAUCAAAAGUCCCGAACGAAGACGAUUCCUUUUGCAAUCAUCUACUUCCUUACAUCAGCAAACACUGCAGCCUUCUUCGUCUCAUCCCUCUGCUUCUUCUUACAGUAGUAAUGCUCCAGUCACAUUUCCGCCUCCAUCUUCGAGGCUUGUUUUUCCAUUUGCCAUUGAUAAUUCUCAACCUCCAGCAGUGACGAAUUCAAUAUUUCUCCCUCCACACCGAAAUCAGCAACAGCAAAUGAUCUCAUUUGCGCCAGAGCAGCAGCAAAAUUUUGGGUUCCCACCAUAUUUUGCAGGUGAAGUAGCAGCAUCACAGCUUCAACAGCAGCAGCAGCAAUUGUUGCAGUACUGGAGUGAUACAUUGAAUUUAAGUCCUAGAGGAAGGAUGAUGAUGAUGAACAGGUUGGGGCAGGAUAGCAGGGCUUUGUUUAGGCCUCCGAUUGCACCUCUUACUACUACGAAGCUUUACAGAGGAGUGAGGCAGAGACAUUGGGGUAAGUGGGUAGCUGAGAUUCGCCUUCCACGAAACCGAACUCGACUCUGGCUUGGCACCUUUGACACGGCCGAGGAUGCCGCCUUGGCCUAUGAUCGCGAGGCCUUUAAGCUUAGAGGAGAGAGUGCCAAGCUCAACUUUCCCGAACUCUUUCUUGGAAAAGAUAGAGAACCGGAGACAGAUCCUAGUUCAACGCCUUCAUCCCCUUCAACAUCCCGUGUUAUUGUAGCAUCAAGUGGGCAGAUUUCUCAGACUCCACAAGCACUGGAAAACCUUAAUUUGCCGGCUUUUGAUGAAUUGCCACAACCACCACCUGAUGAUGACAAUAAUCUUGAUGAGAACUUGGGAUUGCCAUCGAGUGUAGUGACUGACAAUGAUCAAGUUGAUCAAUCCAAUGUGGGAAGCUAUAGUGGUUCACAGUCUAGUGAAUUGGUAUGGGGAGAUAUGGCUGAGGCUUGGUUCAAUACCAUACCAGCUGGUUGGGGUCCAGGAAGUCCAGUUUGGGAUGAUUUCGAUACAAACAACAAUCUUUUAUUGCCUCCUAAUCUUCCUUUUGCGAAUGUCGAGCAACAGGACUCACAUAAUACUUAUCCUCAGAACCAACAGGACGCUAAGGGUUCAUCUUCCUCUUCUUCAUCUUCAUGUCCCGUGAGACCUUUCUUUUGGAAAGAUCAAGACUAA